AUGCCGGAACCCAAUCGCCUGUCUCUGCUGGCGACCCUGCUGCGGGAAACGUCAUGGCCUUCACUGCUGGUCGCCCUACUGGCCCUCGUGUUUUGCCACUUUGUCAUGGCAGUUCAAAAGCAAAACUGGCCCGUGACCAAUGUGACAAUCGGCGAGUACCCCUUUCUCAAGGCCGAGCGCGAACGCGUGCCUUCUUGGGCCUUUGUCCUCUAUGGCUUUCUCCUUGGUCCCUACGUAGCCCUCAUUGAGAUGUUUGUGGUCCGACAUGGCCCACGCCGCCUUCGCAUCGUCAUGGCCACCAACGCUCUUCUCAUUUGCUGGGAGGGCUUCCUCUGGACCCUUGCCGUGACAGAGAUGGCCAAGCACUGGGUGGCCGAACCCCGCCCCGACUAUGAGCAUCGCUGCCUCGGCGUGGGUGGCACCAUCUCUCUUGACAACGAUGGCAACGUCGUCUGUCUCUACGGUAUUGGGGACGGCAACAUGUCCUUCCCCUCCGGCCACAGCAGCGGUAGUCUAUUUGGCGGCAUCUUCGCCUCAGGCUAUUGUCUCUGGGUCGCCUUUUUCCGCCGAGCCGACACCUACUUUCGCACGCAUCACGGGCGCUGGAAAUCUUAUGCAGCUGCCCGAUACACCGAGCUGCUCUUCAUCCUCUGCAUGUGGCCCCUCUUUUUCUCGAGCUAUGUCGCAAUUAGCCGCAUCGUCGAUCACCGCCACUCGCCUGCCGAUGUGACUGCCGGAUCCUUGAUUGGCAUUGUUCUCGGCACCAUCUUCCUGGCGCGUCUCUUGGCACGCUCCUCAACCCACCUCCCCGUGAUUCAUGGCUUUCACAAGUCCGAUGCCAUGACAUCCCCGCUCGUCGAUGAUUCGAUGGCCGUGAGCAUGGACGGUUUUGAUGACGAUAUCAGCGAUGGUGGUUUGUAA